CGAAAUGCCUAUUCCACCCCUUCAUCACGCGAAGACUUCAAAAUCGCUAUCAUUUGUGCACUCACACUGGAGGCGAAAGCUGUAUUGCCAUUGCUCGAGACUACCUAUGAUGACAGCCUCCACAUCGAAUACGGAAAGGUGCCUAGUGACCCUAACGCCUACACGUUAGGAAGCGCUGAAAAAUAUCAUGUCGUCAUCGUACAUAUGCCAGGACAAGGCAAAGGGUUUGCGUCGAGCGUUGCAAGCAAUAUAAAAAGAAGCUACCCAAAUAUCGAGCUGGCACUGGUGGUGGGUGUAUGUGGUGGUGUUCCCAAUGGGGUAGUGCAGCAUGACCUAGGAAAGCGUGUUCCUGGUAAAUUCGUUCGUAAGAACACAGUGCCUGCCAAUCUCGGGAGGCGGAGCCCACAGAUACUUGCAUUCCUGAACAAAUUGGACGUUGGCUAUAAGCGAUUGACAUCUCGAUUAGCCUCCUACCUGGUGAAAGUUCAAGAAGAUUUCCAAAGUGAAUAUCCAGGCGUCACAAAGGACAAACUUUUCAGUCCUGACUACAAACACAAGUCCACAAAUUGUCGCUGUGAUCAAGCUAUUUGUCACGAUGAUAAUAACAUCGUUCGUCUUCGAGCCUACGACCAAAGUGACCCGAGAAUACAAGUACAUUUUGGUCUUAUGGCUUCCGGAGAUACGCUCAUGACGUCUGCUAAAGACAGAGAUCGAAUCGCGAAAACCGAAAACGUUAUCGGGUUUGAAAUGGAAGGCGCAGGAGUUUGGGACAAUCUACCGUGCAUUGUGAUAAAAGGAGUGAGCGACUAUGCAGAUAGUCACAAGAGUAAGGAAUGGCAGCAUUAUGCAACAGCAAGUGCAGCAGCAUGUAUGCGUGCGAUCCUGGAUGAGAUUCCGGUUUCCCUGUCAGCAUCGGCAACUGAAAGUGUGUAA